CCUAGCUUUCCUCCAGCCCCCCACUUCUUUCCCAACACUAUGGCGGCCGCCGCUGCCGUUCUCCGCGCCGCCGUCCGCCGGUGCCGUCCGGCUGCCGGGGCCCUGCUGCACCACCGUCCCAUCCCCUCCGCUCGGAGCCCCCCAUCGUCUCCGCCUCUCGGUCGAGGGCGUCCUCCGCUCCCGCGGCUUCCGUUCUCCGCCGGAUUCGGCUACUCCACUGCCUCCGAGGAGUUGGUGGGGCCCAAGGCCAAGGCCAAGGCCAGGAAGAACCCAAUGAAGCAGUCGCGCUUCGACUUCACCAAGGUGGACGCCGCGCUUCUUCCCACCGUCAUCCUCGUCGGCCGCCCCAACGUCGGCAAGUCAGCCCUUUUCAACAGAUUUAUACGGAGGAGGGAGGCGUUGGUGUACAAUACUCCUGGGGAUCACGUCACUCGUGAUAUCCGUGAAGGAAUUGCGAAGCUUGGAGAUCUCCGUUUCCGUGUGCUUGACUCAGCUGGGCUCGAGACAGCAGCAACUUCUGGGAGCAUUCUCGCUCGGACAGCGGACAUGACAGGGAAUGUGUUAGCUAGGUCCCAAUUUGCCAUUUUCUUGAUUGAUGUGAGGGAUGGCCUACAGCCACUGGAUCUUGAGGUUGGGCAAUGGCUGCGUAAGCAUGCAUCUGGGAUACAUACCCUUGUUGCAAUGAACAAGUCUGAGUCACUUGAUGAGCAUGGAGUUCUGACUGCUGCUGCUGGAGAAGCAUACAAGUUGGGCUUCGGAGAUCCUGUUGCAAUAUCUGCAGAGACUGGCCUGGGGAUGGCAGAACUUUAUGAGGUACUCAGGCCAUUGUUUGAGGAGUACAUGUCUCAGCUUCCAAACAAUGGACUCAACCAAGGUGACCCUACCACUGAGCUUGAAACUGAGGCCCAUGAAGGUGAUGAGAGCAAGUUGCCUUUGCAGUUGGCAAUUGUGGGACGUCCUAAUGUCGGGAAAUCUACCCUUUUGAAUACCUUGCUGCAAGAACAAAGAGUUCUGGUUGGUCCAGAGGCAGGCUUAACAAGGGACUCGAUUCGGGCUCAGUUUCAGUUCGAUAACAGAACCGUGUAUUUAGUGGACACUGCAGGUUGGAUGGAAAGAUCAGGGAAGGAGAAAGGGCCAGCGUCUUUGAGUGUUGUGCAGUCAAGAAAGAACCUUAUGAGAGCUCACAUUGUUGCUCUUGUGCUGGAUGCUGAAAAGAUUGCAAAGUCCAAAAGUAGUAUGAAUCAUCCAGAAGUUGUGAUAGCACGGCAAGCAAUAGAAGAGGGCCGUGGACUUGUUGUGGUUGUCAAUAAAAUGGAUCUCCUUAGAGAUAACCAACGGCUAUUUGAGAAGGUGAUGGAUGCUGUUCCUAGAGAAAUUCAGACUGUCAUUCCUCAGGUUACAGGGAUACCGGUUGUUUUUGUGUCAGCAUUGGAGGGGAGAGGACGGAUUGCUGUGAUGCGCCAGGUUAUAGAUACUUAUGAAAACUGGUGUUUAAGAUUGUCAACCUCUCGGCUCAACCGUUGGUUGCGUAAGGUUAUGAGCCGACACUCCUGGAAAGAUUCAGCCACUCAGCCAAAAGUCAAGUACUUCACUCAAGUGAAAGCACGCCCACCAACGUUUGUUGCCUUUAUGAGUGGGAAGGUUCAGCUAUCCGAUACAGAUAUCAGGUUCUUGACAAAGUCUCUCAAGGAAGAUUUCAACAUUGGGGGGAUACCAAUCCGGAUUGUACAACGCUCUAUUCCAAGAAAAGCGUCUGCAAAGAGCAAUACCAGGAAAGUCGGGCCUAGGGUUGCCAGGAUGAAAACAGACAAGAGAGUAACAGUAUCUGAUCCGUCUCUGUCGUAGAGUGGAUGUCACACCAGUACCAGCCUAACCUGUAGAAUGGGAGUUGUUUUUUCUACAGUUCUUUCGUGUUUGAACUGUAUGCUUCUGGGGAGUUAACGUUGCCGAGGAAACAGAAACCGCGGGCCGAACUACAAUUCAGAAGUUCAGAAAUAGGAAAGAACUAUGUUGGCGGUCCAGGAAGGGUUGCAGACACGUUGACUGCGUGUUCGAAAGAAAUAAUGACUGCAAGGAACAAGCCCAGCAAACUGAUCGAGGAGGAAAACCUACCUUCUGACUUUUUAUGAGCAAACAGGUAAAGAGGGCAGCCUCAGAUGAAAUGUUUCCAAGGAAGGCAGCACUAUUCAAUACUCGGGGCAAGGCGGUACUGUUGAGCUUCAGGUUCUUCCGGACCGCACAAAAUGACGUUUUUUGUAUUUGGUGCACCCUCCUAUUUUGUACAGAACAUAGAUAAGAAUGAUUCAGACGGUAAACAGUCAUAGUUUUACCGAUCA